AUGACCAACUAUAAUGACUGGCAAUUAGAUGCGCUACGGGAAGAAUGUACUAGAAGAGAAUUAACAAUAAAUUCAAAAGACGGUGUUCAGACAUUGGCUGCCAGAUUACGUACAUAUGAUAUAAAUUUUUUUGUUGGGAAAACGGAUGAGGCACAAGCAUUAGCUCACGAUACCCAACCUGGAGAGUUUGAGAAUGAUGAACACAUGCAAAAUCUUUCAGAUAGCCUGGGUAAAUUGAAAUUGACCAGUGAUCUGCCGAUGAAAAAUGGGGGCGAAAUUCCCGGGGAUACUUUAAGUUUUCGGGAGAGGAUGGAGCUUUACGCUUUGAGCGGGACUUAG